AUGAGCAACGCUUGGCCUUCCGGGGCCGCUCAAGAUGGCGCCCAACCCGAUACACCCAUAGAAGACGUCGCCGAUACUGGUGAGAUCGCGGAUCUGCCCGGUGAGGCUGAACAACCCGAUCUGCCACCUGUUCCUGCGCCGCCAACAACAUCACGGCCUCCUCUUCAGCGCAACAAUUUGCAAGGCAUUCCUCCAGCCGCGCCUAUGGCACCCCCUCCCUCGAACGACCAACCGCCUGCGACCGACUCCCUCUCUCUGCAACAGUUGCGCCACAUUGUGGCCGAGUUUAAUCGUGCUGAGCCUGUUGCCUACGAUUUUGAGUACACCGACAUAGGUCCCCAUGCCGAAGAGAUAGACGAAUGGUUCACUUAUCAGGUGCCCCAGUGGGUGCGCCUCAGUGCUGCGCAAGGAGCGUUUAAGUGGCACUGGCAGCAUGAGGCGAGGUCUCAGGACACAUGGGAUGAUGCAGACAACGACACGCGGACACGAUUUGUUCAAACAGCUAUUGCGGGUGUGCAGUCCAAUGAUGCUGCAUUGAGGUCAGCAUCGAUUGGGAAAUUAGUAUAUCUUGUGUUAGGACGCUGGAACGACACGGCUAUGUCGAAUGCGACGCCUGGGGAUAGCCGGUCUGUUGCCAGUAUUUCGCAGUUGCAAGCUAUCAAGGCCGGGGUUGAAUGCCUCACAUCCUUGGACGGCUUACCUGUCAUUUGGGAAGCUCUGCGGCAUAGUUUCGAAGUACAAUGGUCAGGGGAACCUCUGGGGCAGCAUACUAGCGCCCAGGAAGCCCAAGAUGAGUUGUUAAACCUCAUGACUAUUAUGUACAUUGCGAUACAAGAGACCUUGAAUGACCCAGAAGACAUGGCUUCUACAUACGGAAAGCUUUUGGAACUUAACCCCUCGUUGGUUGAUUAUAUGUUUACAGCAACCUCGAAACUACGUUGGGAUGAGCAAAAUGCUAUGCCUCAGACCCAGAUACUUUUACUGUUCUGGAAAUCGAUCUUAUUGGUUUUUGGCGGCACCGAGGAGCUUGAAGCCAUCAAAAAAGCAACCAACGAAAUGGGUGAUCAGGCAGCUGAUAAAAAGACCAUCACGGCCUCACCCUUAGACUACCAUGUCUUCCGUCAAGAAAUCACCUCAAAAUAUCCAGCAUAUGUUCCUCCACGCCCAGCCAUUCCCCUCGAAGCAGAUAACACCUCUCUAUUGCCCCCUCUCUCAAGCCAAGUAUCGAGGAAUAAUGGAGCUAACGGUAUCAUUCCCGCACCGCCUCAAAUCCACAAUGGGGGGACGUCAAUUCUUGACCAGCCGGUACAUAUUGCAACUCCUGCCCCGUCACCACCCCCAUCACCAGCGGUGGGCGGCAAAGGAGGUAAGAAACAAAAUUACCAGACGAAUCAGAACUUCCCUUUCAUGUAUCCACCUCUAGAUGCCUCGAGUAACUAUGCUGGUGGUAAGGGACCUGCAGGCAAUGCCCUCGUUGGCCGAAAAUGGGAGGGAAGUGACAUUCCCGCCUCUAUUCUUGAGGCCGGAGAGCUAUUUUCUAAACGAGUCAGGAUGACUCGGGCAACCCGUCAACUUUGGGAAGAACGCGAGCGCUUUCUCAAGUUCGAGCGCGGCUAUAAUAGUGACCUAGACGACGACGAUGAAAUCGAGGGUCUGGAUCUCAACCAACUUACUCUAGAAGAGCAGGAGAUACUCAAAGAGAUUAAGGCAGAAACCAAGGCCGAGGAAAAGGCCAAAAACCCAGUUGCCCCCAAACCAGAGAUAGACUUUGGUCCUCGGCCAGAACUUUUGUCUGAACGAGACAAACAGCGACUUAUUGCUGUGGAAAAGUUUUAUCGUGAUGCCUUGCCUCAUCUUCAAUCGCUUGUAAUAGUACUGCUACGACCGAUUCUUCUUAAUGUGACAGCAAUCGUCUCACAGCAGCCUCAACAAGUACCUCCGGCGAUGGGCAGAGGAAAUAACCCUGGGAUGAACGGCGGCCCUGCAGCUAAUAGGCAACAACAGGAAAUGCCAGGGCAAAAUCCCCCCAAGCCCCCAACGCCAGAAUUAACCCUGGAAGAAGUUGACGCUGCAAGGACGCGGGAAAUCACUUCGAAAGCCAUGACGGGAAUCUUGAUCCUGUUAUUGAAAUGGCUGCGGGUUUCUCAUGUGCUCAAAUUUGAGUACAUGACACAACUUCUACUGGACUCCAACUACGUCCCUCUCGUUCUCAAACUCUUUGCUCAUCAAGAUGUUCAGCAAGUGGUUGACAGCAAAAUGGACCGUGCUGAGAACAGCUUCUUCCACUUCUGCAACCUGUUGUCACAAUCCAGAGAUAAGACAAGCUCAGAUGCGGCGCAAGAUGACGAAGAUGAUGAAGAGAUAGAGGAGAGCGAAGAUGAGGCAGCGCCCCCGCCAAUUAAGUUGCGGCGAUCGCUGCCAACACAGCAUGACGACGACGCAGAUUCCAACAGUGAUGGCCAGGCAUCUUCGACGAGGCCUGAAGUCGAUGAGCUCGGUUAUCCUCUGAACUCACAACCGACAGAGCCUAUUACAGACUUCUCGCGGCGUAACUUUUUCUCUCUUAUCAACUACCUUAGAGUGAUGCAAAAGAUUUGCAAAAACAAAGCACACCGAAACUUGUUACUUGUCCAGUACAAGUCGUCGACUAUUCUUCGAAAGUCUCUCAAAGUGCCCCAGCCGGAGCUACGCCUCUACACACUCAAGUUGUUCAAAAACCAAGUUCCAUAUUGCGGCCAGCUGAAGGACGAAUGGCUUGCGGGCAGCGACGUGGACGCUGAGGUGGAUGCCGCGCUUCCAUUGGAGCAAGCAUUGCGGAGUCUUACCCACUGGCUCAAUGUUCGACGGUACCCGGACAAGAUAGCUCCAGAUAUUCGAGCUGCCAUGCGCGAUGACCAAGACUUUUUCUCUCGGGAGCUAGAGAAGCUGGAAUUAAAUUGGACAGAUGGAGGGGGCGAUGACGGAAUGAGCGAAUUGGAGCCCGGAGAAGCCUGGUGA